AUGACCGAUGUGCCUAUUGCAAAAACCUCUCACAAGGCUGAGGAACACUACACCCGUCUCCACAUUGCUCCUCUAAAUCCUGAGCUCCUGAAGGUCAUCGUCCCACAGGCUACCCUCUCUAAAGCCCGCGCAAUCUCGUACCAUACCCUCCAGGCCUUCCCCGAGCGCCCUUACGGUUUUGUCGAACUCCCAUCUGCCGACGCCCAAAAGAUCAAGAAUAAACUCAACGGGGCAGUCCUGAAAGGCGUCAAGAUUCGGGUUGAGCCAGCCCGACCGGACAACAUGCCAAAACCCGAUCCUGACGCGGUCGUUGAAGCUGCGGCUGGCGGUGACCUGGAGCGCAAGUCAAAAAAGUCCAAGGCAGACAUACGGGAGAAGAAGAGGAAGCGCGACCCUCAAGAGAUUGCGGGCAUCGAGUUAGAGGAGGGCCGCAAAGUCAAGCGCGGCUGGACUGUCACGCCAGACGAGGUGAAGUCCAAGAAGAAGAAGGAAAAAGAGAGAGAAAGGGCACAACCGAAGUCAGCAAAUUCCAAAAAGGAGAAGAAGGAGAGAAAAGAGAAGAAGGAAAAGAAGAAGAGGCGGAGAGAUGCCGAAUCCGAGUACACCGAUGGACCCGAGUGCCUGGUCAAGACACAACUUCCUCCAAACAAGCGCGAUGUGCUAGCUGGGGACUCCCAAGGAGGUGAAACGAAAAAGUCAAGGAAGCACAAGAAGCAUGAGGUUGUUGUCCAUGAAUUCGAGAAUACGCGAAAGUUCCCAACGUACUUCAAGGCUUCCAAGGGCGCCAGUGCGUCCGGCACUGAAUCCGACUUUGUGGAGGGCAAGGGCUGGGUGGACAGCAAUGGAAAUGUGGUCGAGAAGGUCAAAAGCACCAGGCCAAAAGGUCUUCCAAAGACUCAGGUUGAAAAGAAGACUGCCGAGGAGGACGACACUACUAGCAGCAGUGGAACCUCGUCAGAAGAGGAGGAUGACGAUUCUGAGGCCGAGGAAGAUGCUGGUGCUUCCAAGCAGAAGACCAGGGUUGCGCAUCCGGGCCACAAGUCUCUGGCUCUGGACACUGUGACUGGCGCUGGGUUAGAGAGCCCCACGGAUUCAGCCCGACCAAAGUCCUCAAGCUCAGCCAGGAGCCUAACAAUCAAGAUACCCCCGGCAACCCCUUCCUCCAACAAAGUCCACCCUCUCGAAGCAUUAUACAAACGACAACAGCAAGGCGAAGCAGCUGCUACAGCUGACACUGCAGGGGACCAGCCCUUUGCAUUCUUCGGCGGGCAAGAUGUUGGAGACGAUGACGAUGAUGACCUUGGCCAAGGUGAAUCGGUGAAUGGUCCGGGAAUAGACAACGACGAAAGUAGCAGCCAGGCGGGUCUCUCUCAGGGCAACCAGCUGCCCAUGACUCCUUUUUCCAAGCAGGAUUUUGAGUGGCGAGGCAUGCGCAGUGCAGCUCCAACCCCAGACACUGCACACCCGAGCCGGUAUUCAAGAAUAUGGCCGCUCAGAGAUGACAGGGAGGAGAGCCCGGGCAUUGCAGAGGGUGAGGAGCAUGAUGACGAAGCGGACAGCCCCGGAGGGGCCAGGCCGGAGAAGCCAGAGGAAGGAGAACCCACCAACCCCAACACCGACUUCCAGAAGUGGUUCUACGAGAAUCGAGGUGACCUCAAUCGGUCCUGGCAGAGGAGGAGAAAAGUGGCAGCCAAGCAGAAGAGGUACCGGGAGAACAAGGCCCGGGCCACCUGA